AUGAACCUUGGCCCUAACGACUCUGUGGUGAGGCACCUGCUGCGGUGGUUCAAACAUCGAUGCUUCAAGUGGGUCAACAACGCUCCCUGUGAUCACUGUGGCUCCUCCAGUACCAAGAACGCUGGCGCCGAUCGGCCCAACGUGUCAGAGCAGGCCCAUGGCGCUGGGGUCGUCGAGCUGUACCACUGCAACGACUGCAACAAGACCACUCGCUUCCCGCGCUACAACCAUCCUGGCAAGCUGAUGGAAACCAAGAGAGGAAGAUGUGGAGAGUGGGCCAACGCCUUCACCCUGUGCUGCAUCGCCAUGGGGUUUGAGGCCAGGCACGUGGUGGACUGGACGGAUCAUGUCUGGACGGAAGUCUUCUCUGAGGAUCAGCAGCGAUGGAUCCACUGUGAUCCCUGCGAGGACAGCUGGGACAGCCCGCUGCUCUACUCCGAGGGCUGGGGGAAGAAGCUGUCGUACGUGAUAGCGUUCUCCAAGGACGAGGUGGUGGAUGUGACGUGCAGGUACACGAGGCAGUGGGAUGAGUGCAGGACGAGGCGGAGCAAGUGUCCUGAGUUGUGGUUGGCCGAGUACAUCCAGACGAUCAAGCUGUCGAAGCUGUCUCAGAUGCCUCCCCAGCGGCAGAACGUCCUUCGUCAGCGAUGGGAAAAGGAGGUGAAGGAGCUGGAGCCUAGAAACUACGUGAAACCAUCGGAACCAACUGAGCCAGCGCUGCCAGGGAGGACGACGGGAAGCUUGGAAUGGCGAGCAGCUCGUGGAGAGCUGGGG